GGCUCUUGUGACGACAACAACAACAACAACACGUAUUUAAUUUCAAUAAAUCAUUAAAUUAGAUCUAUGAUCGUGGGAUAAUAUGUAAAUUUGAAGCAGAUGUAUGCGAUUGUGUUUACACGUAUAACAAGUUUUUACAAGCUAAAGAAAUAGAAUAUUACCACAUCAUGUUACAGUUAAUAUGAAGAAAACAGAUCAAUGGAUAUUAGCUAACUGAAUACACAAUUGAAACAUUAAAGGUGACUCUUAAGAAUCGAGAUUCUAGAGGGUUUGUGAGCCUAUAAAUUGGUCAAUCAUGUUGCGGAGACGAAAAGAUAAGAAGAACUAUGAUCCCAUGGAUAGCGGCUCCCAGUCAGGUUCCUCAUUUACCAGGAUGAGUUUUCAAGUGAGUGUGUAUGGGCCUGAUAGGGAAUGCAUGAAGAUUGAUGUCAAUCCAUCUGACACAUAUGAAGAAGUAUGCGAAGCAGUUGCGGAAAGGUUAGAAAUCCCACCUGCUAUGUUUCACUGCUGUGGGCUUUGUGUCUUGGAUGUGGAACAGAAACGAUUCCUUUGGUUGCCUCCAACAAAAAAUGUCAUUCAUUCACGCAACGAUGUGUAUUUUCGAAUUAGAUUCCUUCCACAUGAAGAUAACAUUGAUGUUUUGGAAAGAAAAUAUUCACCAUGCUUUCAGUAUUUGUUCUACCAGCUAAAAUGGGAUUUUUUGCAUGAAUGUUUAAGUUACUACACAGACCCCGACAAAGCUAGUGAAGCCAGAGGGGCAGGUACUUUUUUGUUGGCGAUGAGUGUCAGAAUCUCGGCAAAGGAAAACAAUCAAGAAGAAAACUGCAAAGAGUUCUUAGAACAAAAUGAUCUUAAAAUGUUUUUACCUAAAUGUGUUCUGAAAAGUUUUGUUGAUAGAAUGAUGGUAAAGUCUCCCCUCAUAGAAAAGGCAAAUGAGUUGCUAAAAGACAAACACCCUGCAGAUUUGUUUAAGAAGUAUUUUGUUAAAGGUAUUUUGUCAAAAAGUAUCAAUUACUACAGCAUAGAAGAAUACAGAUGCUGGAAUGUUGAAUACAAGGAAACGAAAGAAAGUGACACCUCUGGAAAAACGCAAACACUGUUUGUUCCCCAGCUUCAAAACUCAGACAAAGAAGAUGUUCUACUUAAAACAGAGAUAAAAGGAAUUUAUUCACAGAUUUCUUCAGAGAGUUUAAGUAAUUCAGGGACAAUGAAGAAUUCGUGCAAAAUUGAGUCCAUUCAUAAAGUCGAGAAUGAAGUAUUUUACCAGGAUGGCAAAGAAUGGCAUAAAGUCAGAAUUUUAGCCCAGGGCUUUUCACAGGAAGUAUGCUUUAAAGACAAGAUGGAGAUGUAUUCAUUCCUGACAGCUGUUGAGAAGUGCUACUGUCUAUUUGUUGACUUCUAUGGAAGUAGAUGUCAUGAUGUACGCUCACCAACAACUUCUGCGUUACACCAACUUAGAGUGCAUGGACCUGUUUCACAAGAUUUUUUGAAGAAGAAACUGGAGAAUUAUCUAGAUUGUGGGCAGAUGUAUGCAAUGAGGAUGAGCUUGGACAAGUACGGUUGCUAUGAUGUGUUUUACCUGAAAAAUCAAGGGGAUAAGCUGUAUGUUUGCUCAUCUGGCAAGGUUGUUCAGAAUAUAGAUGGCUACACGAUCAAAGACUCCAAUAUUGCAGCUGUGGCUGAUUUAAAAACAUUACUAAUGCAGUAUGUCAGCUCUCUUAAAUCUAUUCCAAACAAAUGCACACGGAUUAAACCAGAACAGUUUGAAGGGUGUGACGAGAUAAAGAAAUAUCUGUUGGACAAGGUGCAGCUUCAGAGCAGUGAGGCUAUUGAAGAUGAUGAGCAGGCUCGUAGGCGACUAGAGAAUGCCCCCAAAGUGUACAUGAAGAGCCAGGUUGUUCAUUCAGACGAGAUAGGGCUCGGCUAUUUUACUGAGGUGAAUAGAGCUUUACUGAAUGAAGAUCAGCAGGUGAUCGUAAAGAGGUUAAAACAUCACCCAGCCAUAAAACAGAAUCAUCAGGAGUUGCAAGAAGCACUGAUGGAAAGUGUGAGCAAGCUAAUGGAAUGGGACUCAGCCAAGUUUUUUGUGGGUGUUCAUGGUAUUUGCCUUAUGCCAGAGCCCAGCAUCCUGAUGAGUGGAACCAGCUUCUGCAGUCUGAAGCAGUUCCUCUUGUCAGAAAGAACUGACAACACUCAACUGAAGCUAGAGCAUUUGAUGCAGGUCCCUGUAUUCCUUUUGGACGCACUCCUUUACAUGGAGGAGAAGAAUUGUUACCAUGGUAACAUCAACUGCGAUAACCUUGUUGUGGAGAGAUUUGAUUUGGUACUGAAGCUCGCUGACCCUGGAAUGGUUGCCAUUAGAAACAAGCUGCCAUUAGAUCAUGUCCUAAAUGUGGAAAGAUUACCAUGGCUGGCCCCAGAGCGAAUGCAGAACCUGUCCCAUGUCACAGUGAAAUCUGAGGUCUGGGCCAUUGGUACAACGCUGUGGCAGAUGUUUUCUGGUGCAAGGAACCCCUGUGCGGAAGUUCAGGAGAAGCUGAGCAAGACAGGGUCUACUGCUUUGUCCGAUACUGAGGUGGUCCAGUUUUUUCAAGACACCAAGGGUUUUAGUUGCCCCAAGUAUUUGAAGCCAGAGCCAAGUGAUCCGAAACAGGUUCUGCUAUUGAAGGACAAGUUUUACCAGGCCAUACUUCCUUGCUGGACGAUAGAUAGUGAGGACAGACCUAACACUACCAUGCUGCUGAGGACCUUUAUUGAAAUCUGUCAGAGCUAUGGUCCAAGUUACCACACAUACAGCAGCCUGGACUACUCAGGAUUCAGUGUUGAACAUAGGCCACAGUCUGUGAGCAGUGGAGGCUUGAAGAGCCUGUACAGCAUUACACGGGACAUGCAGAGGGAGACAAAGGAUGUACCAGACAUUUCUGCUCUUACUGGCGAUGCAUCUAAAGGUCACUUGUUGCCGCAGAAUUCCCGAUCUCUGGCAGCAAGCCCUCCGAUCGAAGCAGCAGGGGAUAGGCCGGCCCCUAAUAACCCUGUCCCUGCAGCCCACCCAAAGAACCCAUCAGGGGACAGGGUCUUCAGGAACCAAAGGUCACAUAACCUUGGAACCGUGCCUGCGGUUCCAAGCCAACGGCACAAAAUUCAGCCCAAACACCUGCUUGUAGAUAAAAAUAAAAAACUGGGUCAAGGCUAUUAUGGAGCAGUAUACAAAGCACAAUUGACCAAAGAAAACAAUAUAAUAAUAGAUGUUGUAGCCAAAUUCUUAAAGUCUGAUAACCCUAAUGACGAUGCUACGGCAGACUUUGAGAAGGAGGCAAAGUUCAUGGCACUGUUGGAGCACGACAACAUCGUCAAGUUUUAUGGCACCUGUUAUACUGAUAGUGGAUUAUGUCUUGUGAUGGACUAUCUCCCUAAGAAGUCUUUGAAGGAAUACUUGAGAUCAACAAGACAAGACAUACCAGAUUGCCAGCUCUUUCAGUUUGCAGUUGACAUCGCUUUCGGCAUGGAGUACCUGGAGUCUAAGAAAAUCAUGCACUGUGAUUUGGCUGCCAGAAAUGUGCUGCUCAACUCCGAAUUGCGUGCAAAGGUCUGUGAUUUUGGACUGUCUAGGAUGCUGGAGAAGGAUUACUAUAGAUUGCACGAUGACAAGACAAUACCGUUGUACUGGUCAGCGCCAGAAUGGAAUACAACUAAGAAUGUCUCUCAUAAGUCUGAUGUUUGGAGUUUUGGGGUUGUUCUGUGGGAAAUGUUCAGUAAUGGAAGUGAUCCCAAAAUGAAGUGUGAAAGUGCUAAGGAAUUUGUUCUCAAGAUAGCAAGUGGCGAGAGAUUGAAGAAACCUGAGGACUGCCCAGAUGACAUGUACAGUUUUAUGAAGGAGUGUUGGAAUGCAGAAAAAGAAAAGCGACCUUCUUUCACCCAGUGCAAAGAAAAGUUCAUACAGUCACUGAUGUCAGAGAGAUGUGCUCAUGACACUCACCGCAGUUUGCUUACAAGCCUUGCCACUGUAAGAGGUCCGCGCGGUGACAUUCUCACUAAUGGUGUAGGACAUGGGACAGCAGUUGCAAGGCUACCUGGGCAGACUGGAGGGUCUGUUACAGAAGUCAUCACCGACCUGUCCACCAGUGAUAAGACGACAAACACAAACAGAUACAGUCUUGUCCUUAGUGAGACUUCAUUGCAGAUAUUUUUGGACAAAAAUAUUGGCAAGGGUGCAUUUGGAGAUAUCUUGAUGGGAAGAUUUGAAAGCAGAGAUGUAGCUGUAAAGAAAUGCCGAAAUGCCAGUGAAUAUCAGAGAUUUGAGCGAGAGUUUGAAAUACUGUGCAAGCUCAAGCGUAAACAACAUCAUCCAAAUAUUGUAGAAUUCAUUGGCUUGUAUGACUUAAAAGACCCAACUAUAUGCUAUGUUUAUGUGAUGGAAUAUGCAGAAAAUAAAUCCCUGGUAAAGUUCUUGACGAGUCGGCCAGAACCAGUGAUGGUACAUCAGAAGCUCAAACUCCUCAAGGAUGCUGCUCAUGGAAUGCAGUUCAUCUUUGAGAACAACAUCAUACACUGUGAUCUGACAGCUGAAAACAUUCUAGUAAAAGCUGACCUAACUGCACUCAUAUCUGACUUUGGUUGGGCCAAGGAGCUGGAAACUGAUGUUGAAGACUUCACAUACAUGCGCUCGAACCCCAAGACGAAGAUUUUGUGGUCAGCCCCAGAGGUCUUGCAAUCCAAGUAUUCAAAGUUCACAGACAAUUGGAGUUACGGUGUUGUGUGCUGCGAGGUAUUCCUUGAUGGAAAGCAACCUGGGUUUGAUGACUCUGCAGCUGGGAACAAAGAUGAAGCUGAGAUCUACUGGCAGAAAAUCAAUCAAGGGCAGAGAUUUCCAUGCCCUGAAUUGUGUCCAAAGGAAAUCUAUGAUGAUGUCAUGUUGAGGUGCUGGGAAAAAGACUUCAUGAAGAGGAUUCAUUUCCAUGAUAUUGUUACCUACAUUGGAUCAUGGUUGGAAAAUCAUCCGUCCUAGGCAAGAGAUGAUAAAGCUCAAGAGAUUAUCUAACAUUCCAAAAUCCAUUUCUGAUUUUGGAGUACGUGUUUAGUUUUCAAAGUGUUUCAUGUUUUUUUGCCACAUAUUAUUUAAUCUUUGUUGUUGGAUUUUAACUUCCAAAGCCAGAAUGUGUCACAAAAUUAUUGUAUAAAAUAACAUGAAAUUAAUUAAAUGGGAACAUUUUUGCCACUAUUAAACAAGCAUAAAUUGUUGAAAAUCAAAUUAUGACAUUACCUUGUUUUGAUUUAAGACAUACAAACUGUAUUUUACAGCUGUAACUUUAAGUUUGUAAUACAUGGCUUAGUAGGAAUUGUCCAUAUCUUUUGACUGGUUUAAAUGAAAUAACUAGAAAUUAAGUUUUAAUUUAGAGUCCCAAAUUGCAUACCACCUUAAGUUUGUAAUGCUCCUGGCUCAAAUGAUCGGGGGUAUAUUGUAUUCGGCCUGUUUGUCAUUGUGUAAGUCUGUCCCAAAACUUUAACCUUGGUCAUAACUUUUGCAAUAUUGAAGAUAACAACUUGAUAUUCGACAUGCAUGUGUAUCUCAUGGAGCUGCACAUUUUGAGUGGUGAAAGGUCAUCCUUCAAGGGCAAAGGUCAAAUAUAUGGCUUCAAAGCGCAGUAGGGGGCAUUGUGUUUCACAAACACAGUUUUAAUUAUUUGAAUAGAGAUGAGUGUACAUGUUAUCUUGUUUGAAGUAACUUCAUGAAAUGAUUUAUUUAAUUAUUUAUCAAUUUAAAAAAACAGUACAUAAUUAUGUUAAUUAAGUUACCGAUACCGUGGUAUAUAUUAGUGUACAUAUGUUUGUUUCGCCUUAUGACUCAUUCUCUUGCCAUAUCAUUUAUUAAGUAUGAAAGAAACAGUAAUUCCCCUACCUUGGGCAGCGAUUUUGACUUCCCCAAGCACCCAUGAGCUAACUAUAUACCGGUAAUGUUUGAUAAUAGAAACAGUACACAUGAUGGUACUGGCAGCCGCACAAAUCUGUUUAUUUUGUCGUAUAUUUGUUGAAUACCACACAUUCAUGUUUUAUUUUUACACAUACGGAACUAAAAGCUCUGAGAAAUAAUCAAACUUGUUAUACCCCCUUAAACGAAGUUUAGGGGGGUAUAUAGGAGUGAACUUGUCUGUCGGUCUGUCUGUCGGUCCGUAUUAAGUGUCCACUCUCUAAUUCAAGUAGUUGUCUUCCAAUCUUCACCAAACUUGGUGAAAAGUUGUAUCUACAUGAUGUCUAGGCCAAGUUCAAACAUGGGCCUUGCCGGGUCAAAAACUAGGUCACGGGGUCACUUAGUGGGUUUUAAACAUUCAGCAUGUUGUCGGCUCUCUAAUUCAAGUAGUUUUCAUCCGAUCUUCACCAAACUUGGUCAGAAGUUGUAUCUAGAUGAUCUUAAGGCCAAGUUCAAACAUGGGCCGUGCCGGGUCAAAAACUAGGUCACAGGGUCACUUAGUGCGUUUUUAGCUUAUCUAUUUUUUUUUUUUAAAUUAUGAACUAUUGUCAUCACCUUGGCGUCGGCGUCCGGUUAAGUUUUGCUUUUAGGUCCACUUUUCUCAUAAAGUAUCAAUGCUAUUGCAUUCAAACUUGGUACUCUUACUUACUAUCAUGAGGGUACUGGGCAGGCAAAGUAAGAUAACUCUGGCUUGCAUUUUGACAGAAUUAUGUGCCCUUUUUAUACUUAGAAAAUUGAAAAUUUUGGUUAAGUUUUGUGUUUAGGUCCAUUUUAUUCCUUAAGUAUCAAAGCUAUUGCUUUCAUACUUGCAACACUUUCUAUCAUAAGGGGACUUUGCAGGCAAAGUUAUGUAACUCUGACUGGCAUUUUGACAGAAUUAUGUUCCCCUCUUAUACUUAGAAAAUUGAAAAUUUGGUUAAGUUUUGUGUUUAGGUCCACAUUUUUACUAAAGUAUCAAAGCUAUUGCUUUCAUACUUGCAACACUUACUAAUUAUCAUAAGGGGACCAUAAAGGCAAAGUUAUGUAACUCUGACUGACAUUUUGAUGGAAUUAUGGGCCCUUGAUACUUGAAAAUUUGGUUUAGUUUUGUGUUUUGGUCCACUUUACCCCUAAAGUAUCAUAGAUAUUGCUUUCGUACUUGGAACACUCGCAAACUAUCAUAAGGGGACAGUAAAGGACAAGUUGCAUAACUUUGGUUGUCAUUUUUACGGAAUUAUGGCCCUUUUUUGACUCAGUAACUUUGAAUAUAUGGUUACAUUUUGUGUUUAGAUACACUUUACUUCUAAAGUAUCAAGGCGAUUGCUUUUAGACUUCAAAUACUUUCAUGCUAUCAUGAGGGUACUGUACCUGGCAAGUUGAAUUUUACCUUGACCUUUGAAUGACCUUGACUCUCAAGGUCAAAUUAUUAAAUUUUGCUUAAAUUGCCAUAACUUCUUUAUUUAUGAUAAGAUUCGAUUGAUACUUUGACUAAACAAUUCUUACCUGACAUACCACAAUAGACUCCCCCCAAACCAUCCCCCACGCCCCCCCCCCCCC